AUGGCCCCUGCCGCACAUGCCUCGCUGGCUACGGGCGUGCCUGUGUACGCGUUAGCCUGCAUCGAUGAGGACCACGUCGUCUAUGUUGGCGGUGGCGGCGCCGGCCGCUCUGGUGUUGCCAAUGUAGUGGUACGUUGUGCUGCUAACGUGCAGAGCGUUGCGCAGCUCGAGGCACAGGACGCUGUGCCGUCGAUCCGCGCCGUUGGGACACUCGCCCUGAGCUCCCAGGAGGAUGCGCCCAUGUGCGUCGAUGUCGAUGCCUCGCGCGCCCACAUUGUGUGUGGCAUCAAUGCGCCUGGAGCGCAGAUGCAGGCGGGGACGAACGACCAUGUGCGUGUGUAUACGUACGAGGCACGGGACGGGCAGGUGCGCGUGCAGCCGAAGACGGCGGCGCCGUCACUCGCUCUAAAGGACCCGGAGCACUACCAGAAGACGUGCACGCUCUCGCCAGACGGCCGGCUGCUGGCUGUCGCGAGCACCGAUGGGCAGGUGCAGCUGCACCGCUAUCCAUCGCUGGAGCCGGUAUUCUCGCCACACACGGGCGUGCUCUCGCUCGGCGAAGAGGUGUACGGCACCGACUUUUCCCACGACAGCAAGCUGCUGGCUGUGACGCUGGCAUCGCGCAUCGUCCUCCUCUCGACCACGCCACGCACAGUCGACGGCACGACGCCGUCGUUCCUCCCGCGCAUCGUGCAAACGAUCGCGCAGCCCCAAAUCGGAUCGGGCCUCCAAGGCACGUUCCGCGUGGCGCGCUUUGGCCGCGGCCCGAUCUACGAGGGCGCUCGGACGCAUGCCCUGUAUGCCCUGCUCCAUGCGCCGGCGACGAAAGGCAGCAAGGCGCGCCCUAGCUAUGUGGCCAUGUGGGACACGGAAACGUGGUCUCUGCGGAGCUCGCGCGCCGUGUCGCAGCGCCCAGCCACAGUCCUGGCUGUGAGUCCCAACGGACGCCUCCUCGCCGUGGGCGCGUCGGACUUGAACCUCACGGUCCUGCGCGCUCUUACCCUGCAGCCGCUGCUCCAGGUCCGCCACGCGCACGACUUUCCGCCGACGUGCCUGGCAUUCUCGCCACGCUCGGGCGUGCUCAUUAGCGGAAGCGCCGAUGCGACGCUGCGUAUGACUGUCCUGCCCCCCAACUUGGUGCCCUCGAACUGUAUGUGGAUAUACUGA